AUGCCUUCGGGGCUCCAGCAGCUUGACUUCUUCCCCAAAUCGGUCGAGGAGGUGAAGGAGCGGACGCUCGGCGGCGGCUUCAUCUCGCUCUGCUGCUGCCUCCUCGCGCUCAACCUCUUUCUCUCGGAGCUCACGCAGUUCCGUGCGGUGCACACCGUCGACCGGCUCGAGGUGGACACGUCGCGGGCGGCGACCGACGAGCGGAUCCUCCUCAACCUCGACAUAUACCUGCCCAACCUUCCCUGCCCGGAGGUCGUCGCCGAGGUCCAGGACCAGUCGGGGAUGCAGCAGCUCGAGGUGGCGUCCGCGCUGCACAAGCUGCGCGUCGACCGACACGGCGUGCCGAUCGACGUCCCGCGCGCGGUGCUGUGGAACGAGACGGUGGCGCCCGCGUUUGCGCAGCGCAAGCUCGUCGGCCUGAUGGAGGAGGCGCGCGCCCACCUCGACGAGACCCUCCACCACUUUGAGCACGAGGAGGAGGAGAACCCGCGCCUCAGUGCGGACGAGCACGCGGCGCACCGGCGCGAGCUGGCGGAGCAGUCGGCGCUGCUGCAGGGGCGGCUGCAGACGCUGGCGUCGCCGCUCGUCUCCCGAGUGGCGGUAGCCGGGGAGCAGGAGGCGGUCUCCAUCCGGCUCGCGAUCCUCGACGACAACGUGCAGGGCUUCAUCUCUGCAGCAGACAUCGACCGGCGGGAGAGGCGCGCGCGCUUGGGCCGAGAGCUGCCCCUCUAUGGCGAAGGGAGGGAGUACGCCUCGAUCAAGCUGCUCCUCUCGGACGUCACCAGCGUCUUUUCAUCAUCCGCCUUUUCUGCACACAACAGGUACGCCUCGAUCAAGCUGCUCCUCUCCGACGUCACCAGCGUCUUUUCAUCAUCCGUCUUUUAUGCACACAACAGGUACGCCUCGAUCAAGCUGCUCCUCUCCGACGUCACCAGCGUCUUUUCAUCAUCCGUCUUUUCUGCACACAACAGGUACGCCUCGAUCAAGCUGCCCCUCUCCGACGUCACCAGCGUCUUUUCAUCAUCCGUCUUUUCUGCACACAACAGGUACGCCUCGAUCAAGCUGCUCCUCUCCGACGUCACCAGCGAGCGGCUCAACGGGAUCGUCGCCGCGCUCGAGUCGCUGGUCGCGCCGCUGCAGGGCGGCGAGAGGGGCGAGAGGCGGCAGCAGCUCGAGGCGAAGCUGCAGGCGCAGCUCGAGGCGCUGCACAAAGAGAUGGCUGGAGAGGGCGAUGCGGAGGCGUGCGGCUCGUGCUACGGCGCCGCGCCGGACGGGUCGUGCUGCAACACGUGCGACGACGUGCGCGCGGCGUACCGAAAGAAGCGGUGGGGUAUGCCGCCGAUGAGCUCGAUCCCGCAGUGCGCGCGCGAGGAGCGGCGGCGGGCCGUCUCGCACGACGGCGGCGAGGGGUGCAACUUGUAUGGCACGCUCGAGGGGUGCACGCGCCGAAGUCUCUGCUUGCUCUCGCGCUGCCGACGUCGCGGCAGCAGGCGACCGAGCCGGGCCGGUUCAACGUGACGCACCAGAUCAAGAAGCUCUCGUUCGGGCGCGACUUUCCGGGGCAGCAGAGCCCGCUCGACGGCGCGUGGACGCACUCGCCGGGCGGCGCGGCGGUCGCGCGCUAUUUCCUCAAGGUGUACUCGACCACGCAGCACUUCAAGGAGCUCGGGCCCGACUCCGCGCUCACGCCGUCCGUCCAGUUCACCUUCGAGCUCACGCCGCUCCGCGUGAGCAAGCGCGAGGAGCGCGGCGGCUCGCUGCUCGUCUUCCUCACGCGGAGCGCCGCCGUCAUCGGCGGGCUCUUCACGGUGGCGGGCAUCGUCGACUCGGCGUGGUACCACUCGUCGAGGCACCUGAUCAAGAUGAGGCAGGGCAAGGCCGCCUGACGCUAGGGACCGUCCAGAGAGUCGGACCGUGCGCAGGCGCUGUGCGCCCGCAGAGGGCACCCACGAUGCGCGUCUUCAUUUCCCUCGUACGUGUGACAAUAUCGUGCGUGGUGUGUGAGAUGGAGAUGGUUUGAUUUUGUCCAGCGCGAGUUAAACG